UUGCGUCGUCUGUAACCGCAAUUACAAGUCGAAUCCAUUUUCGAAAGAGUUUUAUCGGACCGGUUUUCUGUUCAAAUCAGCCGAUUUCCUCAGAUUUAAUUGUUGAAUCAUGGCGGCUACCAAUGUCAUGCGGCGAGAUGAGAGCCUUCUUAUUGAUCCCCUUAGAGGAGAUACUAGUGUUUCUCGUGGCCUCUCGCUUGAGAAGAAAAUUGAGGCCCUUGAGAGCCUGGCGGGACAAGUUAGUAACAGGCGAUCUCGGAGAUGGUUAAAUGAUCGUAUUCUGAUGGAACUUGUUCCUCGUUUGGAUGCCCAAGAAAUCAGAGGCUUGUUUGCUCCACCACCAUGGGGCGAUGAUGUCCCACCCUCAGCCUUUUCUUUGACUAAUGUUGGAGAAUGGGACAAAUUCAGAAACAUAGAUAUGGACAAGGAGGCCAACAUCAUGGAUUCCUUGAACAGGUCAUCCGUAAGGCAGAAAGGUCGUGUGGAUGCUGACAAAACCGCUGUCUUAAACGCUUGGCGGAGAAUAGAUUGUAGGACAAGAGAGGCUCUUCGACGUAGCUUUUUACCAGAACUAAUCGAGGGAUAUGAGAACUGUAUAAGUCAAUUUAUCGAGGAAGGUGGUGAAGGAGAUGUUCUCGAUCUCAAGGUUCAAGACCCAUUCCAUAGAUUGCUUUUGCACGGUGUUUGUGAGUACCACAAUUUGGUAUCAACAACUGCUACAGAACAGAUAGGAAGGAUAGCAAUGAAGACAACGACCAUCAAAUGGAAGAAGAGUGGCGAUUCAGGGGAGAAACCAAGCAUCAGCCUCGCUCAUUUCCUUAGGAUGUCAAAGGAAGGAGCUUGGUAACAUCACAUACACUCCUUUGUAGCUGUGUAAUUUUUAUGAAUAAAAAGCUGCAUUAGCGUCAAUUUAAAGAAUUAGCGUCAAUUUAAAGGGCUAUUUAUGCAGCAAAAAGAUCUCAAGACUCUCUCUCUCUCUCUCUGGCCUUUGCUACUUACCCCUAUAUGGCCUCUUGUAAGCUUGUAUUUGUAUCCUCAAAUGUAUACGGUUUUAUUAUUAAAGAACGAAAUAUUGACAAAAAAAAAUUAUUUAGUGCUUA